AGCUGCCGGCUGUAUAAACAGCACUCUUUGUCUCCUGAUCCUGGACAACCCCCACCCCCCCUCCCACCUUCGCUGAUAUCCUGUACAUGUGUGAACUCUGGCUGUGGUAGCAGGACCAAGGCAGUUCCUGAACAGAGUCCAUCAGUAAUGGGCAUUCAUCUCCAUCAAUAAGAAGAGGAUCCCAUGUAGUACUACGAGUACUACAUAUUCAGACACAGGAAUGAGAAGGUUUUAUAAUGCAUAUGAUGUAGAUAAAUAGUCACAGUUCCCAGGAGAGAAUGGAAUGGAGGCUACAAUCAAUUGUCACCAAAAAGAAUCUUGCGAGUCGAUGAUUUGUGAAUAUCACUUCCCAACUAGCCUUUCAUGUAUGAAACAGAACCUCCCCAAAGACUUUGCUUUUAUCUUUUAAGGCCUAACAGAGACCUAUAGGUGUGCCACCAAACAAUGCAUCUAACAGAUCAAAAAUGGCAGCUGCCACUGUGUUAAUGGUAACCCUUUCCACCAUUGUUAGCCUGCCAAAAAAUUUUUCUCAGUGAUGGCUUGCAAUAGUACUUCCAUUGAGACUUAUGAUUCCCUCUUGUUGAAUAUGAGCAGCCUGUCCCCAGCAUCCAGUUCUGUGGUUUUGUCCACCCCACUCAGGAUUCUGUUGGCACUAGUCAUGAUGCUAAUGAUUGCCGUUGGAUUCCUGGGCAAUGCCAUUGUCUGCCUCAUUGUGUACCAGAAGCCUGCCAUGCGUUCAGCCAUCAAUCUGCUCCUGGCAACAUUGGCUUUUUCUGAUAUCAUGCUCUCCUUGUGCUGUAUGCCUUUCACGGCAGUCACCAUGAUCACUGUGAACUGGCACUUUGGUGCUCGCUUCUGCCGUAUUUCAGCAAUGCUCUAUUGGUUUUUUGUCUUGGAAGGUGUUGCCAUCCUCCUAAUUAUCAGCGUGGACCGCUUCCUCAUCAUUGUCCAGCGCCAGGACAAACUGAAUCCCCGAAGGGCCAAAGUGAUGAUCGCAAUCUCCUGGGCUCUGUCAUUUUGUAUUUCAUUUCCCUCCCUGGUGGGCUGGACUUUUGUGGAAGUGCCCACCCGGGCUCCUCAGUGUGUGCUGGGUUACACAGAGUUUCCAGCAGAUAGGGCUUAUGCUGUGGUACUAGUGGUUGCAGUUUUCUUUGUGCCAUUCAGCAUCAUGCUCUAUUCCUAUUUAUGUAUCCUAAAUACUGUUCGCAGGAAUGCCAUCAGGGUCCAUAACCACACUGAGAGUCUUUGCCUGAGCCAGGUGAGCAAGCUAGGGCUGAUGGGCCUCCAGCGGCCACACCCACUGAAUAUUGACAUGAGCUUCAAAACUAGGGCUUUCUCUACUAUCUUGAUCCUCUUCGUUGGUUUCUCCUUCUGUUGGCUGCCUCAUACCAUAUUCAGUCUCCUCUCUGUGUUUAGCCGGAAGUUUUACUACAGCUCUUCUUUCUAUAUCACCAGUACUUCUGUUCUGUGGCUUAGUUACCUCAAGUCUGUCUUCAACCCUGUCAUCUACUGCUGGAGAAUCAAGAAAUUCCGUGAAGCUUGCAUUGAGUUUCUGCCCAAAACAUUCAAGAUCUUCCCCAAAGUGCCUGGACGGACAAGGAGAAGAAUCCAUCCAAACACCAUCUAUGUUUGCACUGAGCAUCAGUCAGCAGUUUAAGGAAGAACCAGGCAGAAAAGACCUCACAACUGGGCUAGAAAUUUAGCUUUUGCUCUUAGCAUCUAACAGUGAUAGCAGGUUGGCUGCCUUUUGUGGUUAGUGUUAUGUCCUGAGUCUUCAUUAGUUAUUCAGCUAAAUGACCCACUGCCCCAAAUUGGGGAAGGAUACCAUUCAACAAAUUCAAUUCAAUUCAAUAAACCUAUGUUGAGCACCCACUGUGUGCAAGACAUUGUGGUAGACACUGGAGGGGGAACACAGAUCAUUUUGUGGUAGAAUGAAGAGAGUCCUAGAUCUGGAGAAAGAGGACCUGAGUUCAAAUUCUGAUUUUCCAAGCAGUAUGACUUUGGGAAAGUCAUUUAACUCUCUGGGCCUCAAUUUCCUUAUCUAUGAAAUCAGAGGGUUGGACUAGAUCAGGGCUCCUUAAGCUUUUUCCACUCAUGAUCUCUUUUCACCUGAGACAUUUUUAUGGCAUAUAAGAUAGGUAUACAUAACCUUUUACUGUUGCCAAAUUUUUUGCAACCCCCAUAUUCAGUUAUGUGACCCCCACGUGGGGUCGCAACUCACAAUUUAAGAAGCUUUGGACUAGAUGACCUUCAAGGUCCUUUCUAGUUGUGAAUCUACAAUUUGAUUAAUAAAACAAAGUCCUUGCUCUCAAGGACUUUAUAAUCUGGUAAAAAGCCAAGUGGGGUUACUCAUUCCUUACAAGUAACAUGGUCUGAUAAAAACUUCCAAGUAUUUUAAGAAAGUAUUGUGUGUGUAUGUGUGUUGAGGAGCAAGUAGAUUGUGUUCAGAUGAUUUAGCUUUAUCACCAGAGCCUCUUUCCUAAUAUCCUUGUCCAGAGAAACCCUAUGGUGCCAUAUUGUAAUAAUAUAAAAAUACUUAAGGCAACCAAUCUGGUCAGUAUGAUAUCAAGGUAUUACUUUUCUUUUUAAUUUCAUUUUUCUCCUAUGCAGCACUCAUUGUUGUUUUGAUCUGGAAGAGGAUCAAGCACUCUUAAAUUUGUAUUCAAAAGAUAUUAAUAAAACGUACCCAACUUCUUAUCACUGAUGUAGUAUCCAUUUUCAAGAGUUGCCAUAUUGUAUACAUUUACAAACCAAUACCUAGUUGAGUAGCAAAUACAGCCUUUUAGCUUUCUACUUAGAUCAGUCAACAAACAUUUAUUACUACUGUGGCCAGGCACUGUGUUAGGUACAAAUACAAAGAAUGAAAUAAUUUGUAUUCAGUUCCUGAUACACAAUGGUCUUUAAGUCAUAGAAUCUAUCCUAGUGAGGCAGCUUCUUACUUGCUUUAUCUGAAUACUCAUGCACAUACCAUAAUGCCUUUCUCUCCACUUGACCAUAUGGAAGGUGUGGAUAGCACAACGAAUUUUUUUCUGGUUUUGUUUUUCAUUCAAAUAUUUUAUUUUUUUCCAGUUACAUGUAAAAAAGUUUUUAAACAUUUAAAAAAUUUUUUUGAGUUUCAAAUUCUCUCCCUCCCACCCUUACUCCCUCAUUAAGGGAAGAAAUUUCAUAUAGGUUAUAGAUGUGCAGUCAUGUAAAACAUAUUUUCAUAUCAGUCAUAUUGUGAAAGAGACCACAGACCAAAAAGAAAACAAGAAAAAGAAAG